AUGGAUCCUUUAUACUUUUCCAGCACAUUUAGCACAGCUGCUGCUUCCAGCGAUGUGAAUUCCUCCCUGCUGACAAACGUGACAGAGAAUGGGACCCUCUCAGAGCAACUUCCAUUCAAAUACAUCCACAAAGUCCUCAUCCCCAUCUGUUACCUCCUCGUUUGUGCCGUUGGCCUCAGCGGCAACACCUUAGUCAUUUAUGUGGUUUUGCGUUAUGCCAAGAUGAAAACUGUCACCAACAUUUAUAUCUUGAACUUAGCUGUUGCUGAUGUGCUCUUCAUGCUGGGCCUGCCCUUCCUGGCCACCCAGAAUGCCAUCUCCUAUUGGCCCUUUGGCUCCUUUUUGUGCAGGCUGGUCAUGACUGUAGAUGGCAUUAACCAGUUCACUAGUAUCUUCUGUUUGACUGUGAUGAGUAUGGAUCGCUACCUGGCAGUGGUGCAUCCCAUCAAAUCAACCAAGUGGAGAAGGCCCAGGGUGGCCAAGCUCAUCAGUGUGACUGUGUGGACAUUCUCCUUCUUGGUGGUGCUUCCAGUCAUUAUCUUUUCAGAUGUGCAGGAAGACUUUCAGACCUGCAACAUGAACUGGCCAGAGCCUGUCAACAUCUGGUCAGCAGCAUUCAUCAUCUACACGUCAGUCCUUGGGUUUUUUGGUCCUUUGUUGGUGAUCUGUCUCUGCUAUUUGCUGAUUGUGAUUAAAGUCAAAUCAUCAGGGAUCCGAGUUGGGUCUACAAGGCGCAGGAGAUCAGAGAGGAAGGUCACCAGGAUGGUGGUGAUCAUUGUGGUGGUCUUUGUGUUUUGCUGGCUCCCAUUUUACAUGAUGAACAUUGUAAACUUGAUAUUUAUCCUGCCAGCAGACCCUGUGUUGGAAGGCUUGUACUUCUUCAUGGUGGUCCUGUCCUAUGCAAACAGCUGUGCCAACCCCAUUCUUUAUGGAUUCCUUUCUGACAACUUCAAGCAGAGCUUUCAGAAAGUCCUUUGCCUCCGAAAGGGCAAUGGUGUAGAGGAUGGAGACCACAUGGAGCACAGGCAGGAGAACAGUAGCCGCUUGCAGGAAUCAAUGUUGACCCAGAGGAAUGUUGAAUUCAAUGGACACAUGCAGACUAGCAAGGUCUAA